GGAAGUGGGCGGGCGCGCGGUUACGGAAGUGGGGAGUACCGGGCUGAGCGGUCUUCGGCUCCGCCGCUCUCGCGCCUGCCCGCCGCCGCCCCGGCCUCGCAGCACCCGCUCUCAACCUGGCCUCGUCACUCUGCCUCCGCUGCCCGGUCGCCGCCGAGUCCGCCGACUGCUGGGCGGCGGGCAGCCGUAUGCGGCUGUUACAGGCGGUCGACACGGAGUACACCGCGGACUCGGUGGAGUGGUGCCCGCUGGACGGCUGCAGGCACUUGCUGGCGUGCGGCACCUACCAGCUGCGGAAGCCGGGGGACCAGCCCGCCGGCCCGGGGAGCAAGGGCGAAUUGGACGUUGAUGAGCCUCAAAUCCGUUUAGGUCGUCUUUAUCUGUAUAGUUUCAGUGAGGACAGCGCUGCUUGCCCCCUGGUUGAGAUCCAAAGAAGAGACACUUCUGCAAUCCUGGAUCUGAAAUGGUGCCACAUCCCAGUGGCCAGCCAUGCCCUCUUGGGUGUGGCAGAUGCUGGUGGGACCAUAGAGCUGCUCCGCUUGGUGAGAUCUGAGAACUCUUACACCCUGCAGCCGUGUUCCCGCCUCGCCCUGGAGAAGCAGUGUCUGGCCUUGUCCCUGGACUGGUCUACUGGGGGGACUGGAAGGGCCAGUGACCAGCCCCUGAACAUCGUUAGCAGCGAUUCCACGGGACAGCUGCACCUCCUGAAGGUAGAUGAUGCUGCGCUGCGGGGUGUGGCCACGUGGCAGGCCCACUGCUUUGAAGCCUGGAUUGCUGCUUUCAACUACUGGCAGACAGAAAUCGUGUACUCAGGUGGGGACGAUGGCCUUCUGAAAGGCUGGGACACCAGGACACCUGGCGCACCUGUGUUCACCAGCAAGAGACACUCCAUGGGUGUGUGCAGCGUCCAGAGCAAUCCCCACCGGGAGGACAUCUUGGCCACGGGGAGCUAUGACGAGCACAUUCUGCUGUGGGACACACGGGCCAUGAAGCAGCCGUUUGCAGACAUUCCUGUGCAGGGUGGCGUGUGGAGGCUCAGGUGGCACCCAUACCACCAGCACCUACUUCUGGCAGCAUGUAUGCACGGUGGCUUCAAGAUAUUCAACUGCCAAAAGGCAAUAGAGGAGAAGCAGGAAGUGUGCACAGUCUCUGGGUCCCACCCGUUGCCCGACUCGUUGGUGUAUGGAGCCGACUGGUCCUGGCUCAACUUCCACCAUCUGCCACAGACCCAGCAGUGCCCCAGCUCGGGGUCCUUUCCCUAUGGUGACCCAGGAGCCAGAACAGCAGAUCCAGCCUGUAACCUGAAGGUGGUCGGCCAGUCGCCAGCGCCCUCACCUGGUCCUUCAGCUGAUGACAGUAGAGAGGUUGGUACCAAACUCCAGAGUGCAAACAAGCUGAUGACUUCUAUUCAGCCACUCACAGACGACACGAGGAGCAGCGGCCGGCCACAUGCGGCAGGGACUACGGCCUGUGAGAGUGGCCUGGGCCUGGAAGCUGCAAACCCUCAUGUUAACCUCUUAGCCACUUGCUCCUUUUAUGAUCACAUUCUUCACCUCUGGAAGUGGGAGAGCAGCUGAGCUGGGAAGAGAUCGCUUGGCUGGACAUCAUACAUUUCCGCCAGGAGCAUAACUUCACCUUGUGUGUGAAUGGACUGCCUUCCGACCAUCUCAGCGCAGCCCGAGGCUGCACUGUAGGGGGCUCCCCGCAGAGAAUCUAGUGUGGACACUCAGACUGUUGGCUCCUCUUAAAUAAGCUUCACGUAUGGGUGCCUUCAAGAUGGUGAAUCUUGCUGACCGCAAAGGGUCUGUGCCCUAGCUGUCUUGUUGCUGGGCUUGGUUCCCAGCUCCCAAACUCAUGUGGAUUUGACUUUCAGAUAUUCAUACUUCUUAAAGCAACUAUUUACAUUAACCAAAGGAGGACAGGUUUUUUUUUUUUUGGCUCCCUUGAACCUUAUUUAAUAAUACAAGAUUCAAAAUGAUAUGUUAGCAGAGAAAAAGCCCAGAAAAUAUAACUAUAAAAACUGAA